AUGACCCCCCAAAGCAUGCGUCUGUUCCUACUGCUGAGCUGCGUAGCCAGCACUGAAGUCCUGGGAGAAAUCCUCAUGAGACCCAGCUGUGCUCCUGGAUGGUUUUACUACAUGUCUAACUGCUAUGGAUACUUCCGGAAACUGAGGAGCUGGUCUGAGGCUGAGAUCGAGUGUCAGUCCUAUGGAAACGGAGCCCACCUGGCGUCUCUCCAGAAUGAAAACGAAGCCUCCAUGGUAGCGAACUACAUACGUGACUACCAAAGAAUCCAGCCUGUAUGGAUCGGCCUGCACGACCCAGAAAAGAGACAGCAGUGGCAGUGGAUUGAUGGAGCCUUGGAUACAUACCGGAGCUGGUCUGGAGCAUUCCAGCGUGGGAACAAGUACUGUGCAGAGAUGAGCUCCAAGACCGAUUUUUUGACCUGGGAGAGCAGUGAAUGCAGCAACCGCCAGCACUUCGUGUGCAAAUACAGGCCAUAG